CUGUGGAGAGAGCCGUGUACUGUGCUGUGAGGGGCGGGCAGGGGGGGCUCUCUAUCUCCUCUGCACUCUUCCAUUCAACCUCUGUAGUCAGCAGAACGAGUGGCUGAGCAGCACAGCAUCCACGGCGACAGCAUCCUGCAGAUGACUCUGCUCCAUGGAGGAGUGGGAGGGAAAAAAAGAACAAGUGCUGGAGAGAAAAAGGUAAAUCCACAGAUGAAGACAGACUGAAAGGGGAAGAGAAGCACAGAAGGAGGAAGGAAGAGUGGGAAAUGAAGGGAAUUGAGUAAACAGCGCUGUCUGCCUAAGGACCACUGCAGCUGUACUAAAUCUGGGGCUGUCAGGCCAACCCUCAGCGAGGCAGUGAGUGAGAGAGGCAAGGGAGCAGAGGAGAAAAAGAAGUGAUUUGAAGAGCUGAUCUCAUCACUUUGGACAAGCAGGGAUGGGAACCCCGGGAGCCUCUCCGUCAGCAGAUCAAACUUCACACAGAAAAAGUGCCUUCAGAUCACCGGUCUGAACCUGCUUCUCUACAGCAGUGAAGAAAACAGGCAAAACAAGAGUUAUCCAGUUGGUUCCUGAAAGGUGAAACCUCAUACAGGACGACUGCACAUACAGCUCAGCUGGUGUCCUCUUCGCAAGUCCCCCUCAGUCCUCCCUCGCACCUGCCUGAUCCUGGUGAAUGUCUUCUCUGCUUGUGCUCCCACUGCUCAGCAGUUGAACACACUCAUGGUCGAUGCCAAGGGAAGGAACAUGAAAUGUCUGACUUUCUUCUUAAUGCUUCCUGAGUCAGUGAAAAGCAAGUCAAGUAAGAGCACCAAGAAAGGGAAUGCCAGUGGCAGCUCUAAGCUGCCCCCAGUCUGUUAUGAGAUAAUCACUCUGAGGAGCAAGAAGAAGAAGAAGAUGGCAGCGGACAUUUUUCCCACCAAAAAGACGGCGUCCACUACUACUGUCCAACAGUACCAGCAGCAGAACCUCAACAACAACAACACUAUACAGAACUGUAACUGGCAAGGACUCUACUCUACUAUAAGAGAAAGAAAUUCAGUAAUGUUCAACAAUGAGCUGAUGGCAGAUGUUCACUUUGUGGUGGGUCAGCCCGGAAGGACCCAGCGACUGCCAGGACACAGAUAUGUUUUGGCUGUGGGCAGCUCAGUGUUCCACGCCAUGUUUUAUGGUGAACUGGCUGAGAACAAGGAUGAAAUACAUAUUCCAGAUGUGGAACCGGCAGCAUUUCUGGCAAUGCUAAAGUACAUUUACUGUGAUGAGAUUGACCUGAGUGCUGACACAGUGUUGGCCACUCUUUAUGCUGCCAAGAAGUACAUUGUCCCUCACCUGGCACGUGCCUGCGUCAACUUCCUGGAGACCAGCCUGAGUGCCAAGAAUGCCUGUGUGUUACUUUCCCAGAGCUGCCUGUUUGAGGAGCCAGAGCUGACACAGCGCUGCUGGGAGGUGAUUGAUGCCCAAGCCGAGCUGGCGUUACGCUCUGAGGGCUUCUGCGACAUCGACGCCCAGACCCUGGAGAGCAUCCUACAGCGAGAGACACUCAAUGCUAAAGAGAUAGUGGUGUUUGAGGCGGUGCUCAACUGGGCUGAGGCUGAGUGCCAAAGACAGGAGCUCACUUCCUCGACUGAUAACAAGCGUAAGGUUUUGGGCAAGGCCAUGUACCUGAUACGUAUCCCUACAAUGGCCCUGGAUGAUUUUGCAAAUGGAGCAGCCCAGUCGGGUGUGUUGACACUUACAGAGACCAAUGACAUCUUCCUGUGGUACACGGCAGCCAAGAAACCUGACCUGGAGUUUGUCAGCCAGCCUAGGAAGGGCCUGACACCCCAGCGCUGCCACAGAUUCCAGUCCUGUGCCUACCGGAGCAAUCAGUGGCGCUAUCGGGGCCGCUGUGACAGUAUUCAGUUUGCAGUGGAUAAAAGAGUUUUCAUCGCUGGGUUUGGACUGUAUGGAUCGAGCUGUGGCUCAGCAGAGUACAGUGCCAAGAUUGAGUUGAAACGUCAAGGAGUACUGCUGGGACAAAACCUCAGCAAAUACUUCUCUGAUGGUUCCAGCAACACCUUCCCAGUGUGGUUUGAGUAUCCAGUCCAGAUCGAACCUGAUACGUUCUAUACUGCCAGCGUGAUUCUGGAUGGGAAUGAGCUGAGCUACUUUGGACAGGAAGGGAUGACAGAGGUGCAAUGUGGGAAAGUGACAUUUCAGUUCCAGUGCUCCUCGGACAGCACUAAUGGCACAGGGGUGCAAGGGGGACAGAUUCCUGAGCUUAUUUUUUACGCUUGACAACCCCUGUGCAUACAUUCAACACAUUUUCAGUGCACUUAUGAAAAAUAGAAAAUUAUCACUUUGUGCAUAGUCUUUGUUAUUUAUUUUUGUCACUACUGUCAAAAAAAAAAAAAAAGAUCUUAUAAAAGAAAGGGUCUUAUGUGGUUUUAAUUUUAUUAAUUGGUCCACUUGAGUAGGACCAGGUAUAUGUUUCAAGAUGUUGGAUUGUCCAAAUAUGUGGAUAAACAAGUCCUAAACAAUAAAAAAAUAAAUAUCUGCACUAGUUGUGCAUGUAUAUAUGGAUAUAUGUAAAUUCUGAAAUGUAUAUGAUGCCACAAUCGUGGCCAAUGCUGCCCACAAAGAUAUCUUAUAUGAUGAAUAUGCUACAGUAUGUUUAUUGUUUCUAUGCUUGCAUAGAAUGCACAUAUAUAGCAGCAAUACUUCACAUUCUAUAAUCUACUAUGAGAAUUUCAUGUCAUGACUCAGUCUGGAUCAUCAGCGUUGAAAAGGAAGUGAAAAAAAGCUGUAUGAUACUCAAUAUCAAAAAAAAAAAAUGUCAUUAGUCAUUUGUAUUGGAGUGGUUUCGAUUGAAUCUGCAGCUUUUUGAUACUUUGAAUCUAGUAAUGGGGCACUUAUAGAGGGCUUGGGGGGAUGGGGGGGAUCUUAGAGUAGGGAGCACUAGAUAUAAUGAGACACAUAACCCCUACAGUAACUCUCUGCAGCAUGUUACUCUGCACCUACACUCGGCCACACCAGUGAGGUUUCAUUUAGAUCAGUAUUAUUAUGUCUACAGUGAAAAUUUAUUUAAAGUGAUCAUCAUUCACCUUUACAUGGUAGGCUGAAAGAUUUCUUUGGUUUUCUGUGUAAAUCUGUCUACAUUGCAGUACAUACAGCAUGGGCAGAACUGUUUCAUCUCAUAUAACUUGUGCUACUAAGUGUUCUGGCGCCUUGGUUUUGCUUACAGCAAUGAUUGAUUCACUGUUAGAAGACGUUUGUCUUAUGGACUUUUCUUCUCUUUGUUAAAAACUCUGAACUGCUGAGCACUCCCUAAUGUGAUCAUACAGUAUUGGUAUUUGCAAAAACAUACUGUAUAUGCUACAGAAUUACACUGAUGUUGAUUUGUAAUUGAUUUUGUUUUUUGUUCUACUUGUUGCUUUUAAUAAGCCAGAUCAUUUCUUUUUUUUUUUUUGGAUUUACUGUACUAUUGAAUAUUUUUCUCUGGUGUAGGAUAAACAUCCACAGACUUGUCCGCUGAUGACAUGGAUGGACAAACUGUUGUUCCUGUCCUGUGUUUACGUGCUACAGUGCUGGGAGACCAACGAAUGUGUAUGAUUGUCGAUGAUGCAAAUAAAGAAAACAAGUGGUACA